AGCCUUGGCACUGGCAUCACUGUACCUUUCAAGACCACGUCUCACUACGCAUAGGAUACCGUAUAAUGGUCAAGAGUUGUCGAUUUGUUAGUUUGAGAGUUCGCCACUGUCACUUGCGGUGUCGUCGCCUGUCAACACAGAGACUAAGUAACCCUCCCAGACUCCCCAGAGCCAGUCCCGGAUAGAGACCCAGAAAGAAGGAGAGAGUGAGGGGAAAGACCCAGGACCCCAAAGACUCCAGCACACCCAUAGAGACAGUGUGAUCCGGGGGCCAUGUCACGUUGCAGACUGACCCCUCCAGUCCUGCUGUUCUUAGUGGUCCUGCAGGGGGCUGCCGUGCUCCUGCUGUUCGGCUGGUACGUCCAGAUCAUCCCCUGCGGCCCCCACCCCGAACAGGGCAAGGUGCACGUCCUCCUGCUGUCGUCAUGGCGAUCGGGCUCGUCCUUUCUGGGCGAAGUGUUCAGCCAGAACCCGUCUGUGUUCUACUUGAUGGAGCCCGCCUGGCACGUUUGGACCACGCUGAAGAGGCCCGGCGCCAGGGCCCUACGCAUGGCCGUCAGGGACCUGGUCCGCAGCAUCUUCCAGUGCGACAUGUCGACCAUGGACGCCUACAUGCCCGAGCAGCACAGCCUCUCCUCCAUCUUCAUGUGGAGCCACAGCCGGGCCCUGUGCUCCCCGCCCGCCUGCCCCCUCACCCCCAGGCAUCUGUUCAGCAACGAGACCGCCUGCCGCAAGCACUGCAUCUCCGCCGGCGGCCUGCAGAAGGCGGCCGACGCCUGCCAGACGUACAGCCACGUGGUCCUGAAGGAGGUCCGUUUCUUCGAGCUGGAGUCGCUCUACCCGCUGCUGCAGGACCCCACCCUCGACCUGCGCAUCAUCCACCUGAUCCGGGACCCGCGGGCCGUGGCCCGGUCCAGGGAGCAGGCAGCCAGCGCCCUGAGUCAAGACAACGCCCUGGUGCUGGAGCAGGGAGACUGUGAGGGGAAGACGGCGGGCAAGGACCAAGACGUCAAAGAGCUGUAUGCCGUCAUGCAGGAGGUGUGUCGGAGCCACGUGCGCAUCCAUGAGACGGCGGUGCUCAAGCCGCCGGACUUCCUGCGCGGACGCUACAAGAUGGUCCGCUACGAGGACAUGGUGCGCAACCCGCUGCAGGAGAUUGGCAAAAUGUACCAGUUUGUGGGCUUGGAGAUGACGGAGAAGCUGCAGGAGUGGAUCUACAGGGUUACCCACGGCAAGGGCAAGGGCACCCAGAAGGAGGCGUUCCAGAUCACGUCCCGGAACGCGGCGGACGUGUCGCAGGCCUGGCGCUCCUCGCUAGCCCACAGCAAGGUGAAGCGUAUCCAGGAAGUGUGCAAAGGCGCCAUGUCCAUGCUCGGAUACAGGAUGGUCGACACAGAGAACGAGCAGAAGAAGCUGGAUGUUGAUCUCCUGUUGGCACGGGAACAGUACCAGUUCAGCUGGCAAACGUCCAAAACAGAAACCACAGACAUGAACUGAAACCAGAGGUGUGUUAUGGGGUGUGACUUUCGGUUAAGAAAUUAUUUGGAAUCUGUGGCUUUAUUGCUUUCCUUAUAGACGGCUCAUAGUUCAAAGCAAAGGUACCUCUUUGUAAAUCAAUGAUAACAGCCCGUCCAAAAGAAGCCAUCUGGUGACCUGAAGGAAUCAAAGUUAAGGCAAAGUUUUUCAUUUGCACAGCUUACACAAGGUAACACUGGGCAAUUACAUUCUUGAGUUAGUUAUACAUAAAACAUCUCAAAUUAAAACAAAAAGGACACUUGAGUGUAAACUAGAAUGUAAAAACUUGAAACUAGGAUAUAAACAAUUUCAGUUCAAAUAAACUAGAAAGUACAAAACAUAUUAAACUAGAACCUCCACAUUGAAUAUAUAUAUAUAUAUAUAUAUAUAAGACAAAAGGACAGAUUUCAACAUACAAUGAACAGAAAGGGGAUGCGUGUCACGGUGUUUCUGAAAGUGUAGUGGCUGCAGCAAAUGUGAAGUAGUGAUGGUGUAAGGUGACUGUAAUGUGUUAAGGUAUCUCAUGGCUUGGGGGUAAAAGCUGUUCUUUAGCAUUUAAUCCGAGCUUGGAUGCUCCAGAACGUCUACUACGACCCCCAGUCUGUGAUGCAGCCACAGGGAGUACUCAAUCUGUAGAGGUUGGGGAGGAUGCCUGUUGCCAGCCAAACUCCUUGAGCUUCCGUUUUGUUGAAGUGCUGCUUGUGUUGGUGUGGAGCGGACAGGUGAAGUUGCUGUAGAUGAGGACCCAGAGGAACAUAAAACUGAAGACUCCACCUCUGCUCUAUUUACGUGUUAAGUGGUGUAGCCCCUUCAGUAGUUUCAACCAGGAACUUCCUGUAGUCCGCCGCUCUCUUUUUGCUGACAUUGAGGGAGAGAGAGGUUGUGAGCACUGAGCUAAAGACCAGUAUUAUCUGGGAGUGAAUGCUUUGUAAUAAAAUGGAUCUUGAUCAGAUUCUGAAUUUAUUUAUAAAGGGUUUAAAUGUUUGAUUGUUUGACCUCAGAUUAAUAAUUGGUUAAUUAUAUGUGUAUACACACUACAUUAAUAUUUUAUUUUGUUGGUUUUCUAAUCAGGUACGUCAGUCUUUGAGUUGUUUUACUUUGCAUUUCAGUCGUAUCAGAGUAACGGGGGAGUUUCCGUAUAUUUCGAAAUUAUAAAGUGUAAACUUAAUUUAUGAUAUUCACUUCGUGUCCAUGGUUGCACUACUGUUUAACUAAAUAAUUUGGCAUAUGCGGAAACAGGAUUUAUUUGUUUAACUCACACCUCAGUUUAAUAUUGAACUUGUAAGAGUACAUUUCACAAUACAUAUUGGCUACUAGUGCAGUGCCUUUAUGGGGGAGCCAGCAAUACAAUGCCUUUCAAAAUGUGAUUCUCUGAGAUUGUUACAUGUUUAUUUUUCAUUCUUCCUCCACCACAUGAUUGUGUAAAUGGCUGAGUAUAACUGAAUGAAUAAGGCCUUCUUCGCCUCAUGAACCUCUUUUGAUUUAAAUGCAUUGAGCAGUAAUUUGAGGUACUACUUGUUUCUUUAUUAAUCCUACUGCAAUAAACACUUUAUCCACUCUUCUCUCAAAUUGAA